AUGCUCGCCUAUUACUCACCUAACAUUCUUCAACAGUAUGUUCCUUUGAUCGGACCCAUGGCUGCUUAUGUUGGUACUCACUAUCACUGGAUUACUGUAUACACAAAUGUCUUCGCAUUAGUUGCCCAUAUUGGAGAAAGUCUCUAUGCUUUGUAUUUGUGCAUGAAGCUGAAGUUCAGUAUGUCAUGUUCAGCAAGCUGGUUCGUGCAGACGUUCCUCCUAGGAUUUCCAUCGCUUAACAUACUUAGUAAUUUUGCAUCGAAAACGAAAAGAAAACGUUGA